AUGUUACGAUCAAGGUAUCGGGGUAACCUGUUCUUAUGGUAAAGUACAGUGGGUUGAAGCAACUGAGCGUCUGACUGGGUAACUGGGGUUCUCAAUGACUGGGGGUGAAGUUAUGAUCGUUCUCAAGUAAGUAUUGAGGUUAACUAGAGUUUGAUUGCUGCUAAGCAAUCCUAGAAUCGAAUCUAUCUACAUGGUAAUGAGCGUGCCUUAUAUAGACUAUGUUCCGAAUGUGAUCUCUCCUGAAAGGUCUCUGAUCUUAAAGACUCCCCAGGGUCUCUGGAGAUCAGGUUGUGAUCUUUGAGAUCAUCCCUUGUCCGUUUGAGAUCAACUGUCUUGGCAGUCACGUGCUGUCACGUGGCUUUGUCCUUACGUAAUCCCUGUUCUGCCGGUCGGUGACUUUUUCUGGGCGAGUGUCGUCAGGAGGGGCACGACCCCACCUGGCCUCCCUGGUACCGGCCCAACUGUCUGGUCGUAACAUCAGGUCUCCUCUCCUUUGGCCAAGUCCCUUUGGCCUUUAAGUAGUCCGUACUCCCUUGAUCCCUGUUCUGGUUUUCCUUCCUUCCUGGCUAACUCUCUUGCGCCAUGUCUAGUCGUGUAGCCAAACCAAAAUCUGGUCGCUCGUCGACAGAGCGUCGUUCUGCCCUUCUUUCUUCUUUGCUUUUGUCGACGGUGGAGAUGGCUGCUUGUUCUGCUUGUGAGUCGAGGGGAAUACCCAAAUGUGCGGUUUCUCCUCAAGAUUCCUCUCGGUGUGUCGAGUGUUUGCGGUCGAACCGUUCGGGGUGCGAUGUCCUUGGAAUUUCGCCUGCUCAGCUUCGCAAGAUUGGCCAACAGCAUGCCAAGCUGGAGGAGGAGCUAGAGGCUGCGGAGGAGGCUCGUCGCCGGGCGGACGAGAAAGUUCGUUUGGCCGAUGCGAAGGUCGAGCGUCUUCGCAAACAAAAGAAGAUGUGGUUUGAAAAAAUGAUGCGAGCUGUGUCUCGCGGAAUUGAUGACUUGGAGGAAUUGGAUCGGGUGGAGCGUGAGGAGGCGGAACAGGAGGAGCGUCGACGAUCAGCCGAGGUCCUGCCUGAAGUGUCCUUGGAGUCGCUUCUUCCGGAUUCCAAUUUUGUCUGGGAUUCGACUUUCCCGAUGGGUCCUCUGAAUCCUUCGUUGUUGGAUGAGAUGAAUGUUCUUGCGCAACAUUCCGUUGGUUCGUCUGGUGGUAUGGUUUCGAGUCCUGGUCGGCCCUUAACUUCUGGGAAUGAUCCAACUCCUGAUAGUAUUGGCGGAGCGGUUCCUGGCAAUUCUAGAGGUGGUUGAGGGGUUCCCAAGUGUUUUCUUCGUGUCCAUAGUUUUCCCAUUUAACAAGGUACUCUGUUUUGCCGUGGUUUCGUCUGUGGUCGAGUAUUCGUUCAACGUCGUAGGUUUGUUCUGCGUCGAUCUCGAUCGUUUCUUGUGUGCUGGUGCCGUGUGGUGCCGGUUCCAGUAGUGAUACGUGAAAUGUGGGGUGAAUUUUCAUGGUGUCUGGUAAUGACAGUCUGUAGUUGGUGUCGCUGAUUUUCUUGCUGAUUUUAAAAGGUCCAAGCUUCUUAAAAUCGAGCUUGCUGUUAGGUCGUUGUGUUUUGAUGUUGCGUCGAAUGAGGUAGACGUUAUCUCCCUCCUUAAAGGAUGGUCCCUUCAUCCGAUGCUGAUUGGCGUAUUUCAUCAUUCUUUCUCGUACGAACUCUAGUUCCUGCUGGAGUUCUUUAUAUAAUUGUCGUA